AUGGCGCAACAGCGGCAACAAAGCAGGCACGGGAGCGGCGGCGGCGGCGUCCUCCGCCUCGUCGCGGUGCUGCUCCUGCUCUCGCUCUGCCUCGCUCGCGCCGACGCCGUGGCCGCGCCUUCGGCUCCUCUCGCGGGUGCUGCUGCUGCCUCGGAGUCGGAGCAUGGCGUGGCGACCGCACUGGAGAAUGCUCUAGCACAGGAGGUGGUGGCGCGCGGGCACUCCACGGCCUCGACGGCGGCGGCGGCAGAGGAGGACGAAGGCGACGGAGACGUGGUGCUGGAGAGGGUGGCGAUGGAGUCAACCGAGGACUACGGCUUCCCCAGCGCCAAUAGCCGGCACGUCCCGCACCCGUGA